UGCAGAUGCAUGCUGGGAAGUCUGGUCCCAGCCCUUGGCAACAGAAACAUCAACAUCCAGUUGUUGAAUUAAAAUAUGAUAGCCUCGUGGAAUUAGCAUCUCUGGAUUAGUGUAAAGCAAUCUUAAUAACCAGUUGGGAAAUUCUGUUUUUAAUGUAAAAAGCAGAAUGCAAGCGGACGACGCGAGAUAUUUGAAAAGGAAAGUGAAGGGCGGUAGCUUGGAUGUCCACCCUACAGAAAAAGCCCUCGUCGUCCAAUAUGAGGUUGAAGCCACAAUUCUGGGAGAGAUGGGGGAUCCAGUGCUUGGGGAUCGCAAAGAAUGUCAGAAAAUCAUCCGCCUCAAAAGCCUGAACGCCAACACGGACACGGCGUCCCUGGCCAGGAAAGUGGUGGAGGAGUGCAGGCUCAUCCACCCAUCCAGGGUCAACGAGGUGGAACACCUGCUGAAGUACCUCCAGACUCGCAAGAAGACCGGAAGUCUUGACAAGCGGGAAAAAACACCCAUUAAGCCAAGGGACCUGGCCCCCUUUGAAGGCAUGGAGCUGGAUGAGGAGGCCAACAUUAACAGCAUAGAUGACUAUGUGGAGCUGCUGUAUGAAGAUAUUCCAGAGAAGAUCCGCGGGGCCACUCUUAUCCUGCACCUUGCCCGUAACCCUGACAACCUUGAGGAGCUGCUGCAGAACGAGACGGCCUUGGGAGCUCUCGCUAGAGUGCUCAGGGAGGACUGGAAGCAAAGCGUUGACCUGGCAACCACCAUCAUCUAUGUUUUCUUCUGUUUCUCUAGCUUCUCCCAGUUCCACGGUCUCAUCACGCACUACAAGAUCGGCGCUCUGUGCAUGAACAUCGUGGAGCACGAGCUCAAGCGCUACGACCUGUGGCAGGAUGAACUGCAGAAGAAGCAGAAGGCUUGUGAUGAUGAGCCUGACAACCAGAAUGUGAAGAAGGAGUAUGAGAAGGCCUUCAAGAAGUACCAGGGGCUGCUCGUCAAGCAGGAGCAGCUGCUGCGAGUGGCCCUGUACCUGCUGCUGAAUCUGUCGGAGGACACGCGCACGGAGCUGAAGAUGCGCAACAAGAACAUCGUCCAGCUGCUGGUCAAGACUCUGGAGCGGGACAGCCAGGACCUGCUGGUGCUCGUGGUCUCCUUCCUCAAGAAGCUCAGCAUCUUCCUGGAGAACAAGAACGACAUGGCUGAGAUUGACACGGUGGAGCGUCUGGCCAGGCUGGUGCCGUGCGACCACGAGGACCUGCUGAAUGUCACGCUGCGUCUGCUGCUCAACCUCUCCUUCGACACGGGCCUGCGCAGCCGCAUGGUGCAGGUGGGCCUGCUGCCCAAACUCACCGCCCUGCUCGGAGACGAGGCUCAGAGGCAACUGGCCAUGUGUAUUCUGUACCACAUCAGUGUGGAUGACCGCUUCAAGUCCAUGUUCGCCUAUACUGAUUGCAUUCCACAGGUGAUGAAAAUGGUGUUUGACUGUGGAGAGGAGCGCAUCGGGGCGGAGCUCAUCUCUUUCUGUAUCAACCUGGCAGCCAACAAGAGAAACGCCCAGAUUAUCUGUGAAGGAAAUGGUCUGAAAAUGUUGAUGAAGCGUGCUCUGAAGCUGAAGGACACACUGCUGAUGAAGAUGGUCCGAAAUAUCUCCCAGCACGACGGCCCCACCAAAAACCUCUUCAUUGACUAUGUGGGGGACCUGGCGGCUCAGAUUGGCCCAGAGGAGGACGAGGAGUUUGUGAUCGAGUGUCUGGGCACGCUGGCCAACCUCACCAUCCCCGACCUGGACUGGGAGCUGGUGCUCAAGGAGUACAACCUGGUGCCCUACCUCACCGAACGCCUGAAGCCUGGCUCCGCCGAGGACGACUUGAUCCUGGAGGUGGUGAUCAUGAUUGGCACCGUCUCCAUGGACGACUCCUGUGCCGCCAUGCUGGCCAAGUCUGGCAUCAUCCCCGCCCUCAUCGAGCUGCUCAACGCCCAGCAGGAGGACGAUGAGUUUGUUUGUCAGAUCGUGUACGUGUUCUACCAGAUGGUGUUCCACCAGGCCACCAGAGACGUCAUCAUCAAGGAGACGCAGGCCCCAGCGUACCUCAUCGACCUCAUGCACGACAAGAACGCCGAGAUUCGUAAAGUGUGUGACAACACCCUGGACAUCAUCGCUGAGUACGACGAGGAGUGGGGGAAGAAGAUCCAGACGGAGAAGUUCCGCUGGCACAACUCCCAGUGGCUGGAGAUGGUGGAGAACCGGCAGAUGGACGAGGCGGAACCCUUCAUGUACGGAGACGACGGAGAACCCUUCCUGCACAACGGAGACAUCCUGGAGCGCCCGGACCUCUUCUACAGCGCCGAUGGCAUUAUCCCCACGGAUGGAACCAUCAGCCCAGAGUUCUACACAGACUUCCAGAACGGAGACAUGGUGGGGAGCUCCGUGUCAGAGGGGUUCGUCCAAUCAGCUGGGACUCCGGUCCGACCCACCACAGCCUACGGCUUCCGGCCAGAUGAGCAGUUCUACUACGGCUACGGAGCGUCACGAUGAACACACACACUCGCGCUUCUCUACGACGCCAGAGAACGUUAGCGCUGCAUCUUCUCAACGUCCGCGUACUAUCACCCGUUGUACUAUAUACCGCAGCUAAGCAGCAACACAGUAACACGGUGAAGACACAGACACACACAGACACACAGACCUUACUCUGUUAGCGCAACGUUACAGCCUUUGCUGUUGCUGCUGUACUGUGUUUCUCUUGUGAAUGUGAGAUCUGUGUGUGAAGUGUAAGCUUGUAUUUAAGCUGCCGCGUAUGUGUAUGUGUGUGUGUGUGUGUGUGUCUGUCUGUCUGUCUGUCUGUCUCUGUGUGUGUGUGUGUGUCACUGAACAUGGCCAGUCUGUUGCAAUUACUGUUCACACCACUCAUUGGCAACUCUUAUAUCCUUUAAUAUGUCUUAAUAUUGACUCUAAACCUGGUGUUUGAAAAAGUCUUAAUAUAUACUGUAGAUACGCUGCACACUUGAUUGUAUUGUAUUGGCUGGCAGAGGAGAAGAUUGUGUGUAUGUGUGUGCAUUUAUGUGUGUGUGUUCACGAGUGUCAGCUUGUCAGCGUGUCAGCGUGUGUGUGAGUUGUGCUAAAACAGGGUUCUUGCGAAGCUAAGGUCAUUAAUGCAAACUUAAGGUUUUACUAGUUUUAUGUGCAAUAGGGUUCAUUACCUGCAUGAUGUGUCCACAUUUCCCUAGCCAUAGCAUUGAGAAUUACUGAAGGAGUGAAUUUAAUCUGGUACUUUAGUCUUACGGGCACCAGAGGGCGCCAUUGUAGUAUUUUAUUUCCUGCUGUGGUUAUGCAUGAUGACGAGUAGGUGUAGUUCAUGACUGUCUUAUUUCUUCAUACAUCAAGCAUACUUAGGCUAUAUGUAAGCUUGCACACACACACGCACACACACACGCACACACACACACACACGCAGAUGACUUUCAUUAAUCCUUUGCACAUGCAAGCACACACACACUAGCUACUGGUUUUUGACUUUCACUCACAUUUAGCCACAUGGAGACAUUCUUACUAUUAACUUACACUAUACUGUCUGUAGGAAGAUGUAUUUGUGCACAUUGAAUCCUAAAGGCCUCUCCACUGAGACGCCAUUUUGACUGUAAGCUGUGGUCCUGUGCCAGACUUAGCUCGAGAAGAGGAAGAGGAUUACCCUGUCAUAUUGCCUUUGUUGCUGGUUAACAAGACAUUGUGUUUGUAUAAAAAAAAAUAACACAUUUCAUAUUUAUUUAUAGUCUUUUUUUUAUUCUUUAAACAUAUGUUUUUCUCUCUCUCUCGCCUGUGGGAGCUUAAAAGGGUCCUAUCUUAAACUUGUGAAUGUCAUCGGAUUCUGUUUUAUAUAAGAGGUCCUCCUCUCAGCCUCUGUGGUGCACUACUGGAAAUAAACACUAAAUCUGAAGA